AUGACGAAGAAAAGAGAGGUUUGGGAAGUCUCCAAACCGGGAAGUUUAUCCGCGUUAGAACUACGCAAAGACGUCCCUUUAACUGCGUUAGAAGACGAAGACAAAGUUCGCGUGGAAGUGAAACAUAUCGGGUUGAACUUCGCGGACGUGUUUACCGUGCUCGGUUUGUACGGCGCGACGCCGAAACACGAGACGUUUAUUCCUGGCUUAGAAUUCGCAGGUGUGUGCGUGGAGGAAGGAAAAGGAGGAAAAGAAGGAGAGACAAGUUUAAUCGGAAAGAGAGUGAUGGGGGUGACUCGAUUCGGUGCGUUCGCCACGGUCGUGGACGUUCCCAGACAUCAAGUUCGCGUGAUUCCAGACGCGUGGAGUUUCUCGGAAGGUGCUGCGUUCAUCGUGCAAUCGCUCACGGUGUAUUACGGAUUAUCCGCGCUCGGGAGGAUACGCGAGGGCGACGUGUGUUUGAUUCAUAGCGCGAGCGGUGGGUGCGGAUCGCAAGCGUUGCAAAUUUGCGACAAGGUUGGAGCGAAAGCGAUUGCGGUUAUCGGCGAUGAGAGUAAGAAAGGGUUUUUGGAGAAGAAACACGGAGGUUCGUUACCGGCGAGCGCGAUUAUCGUGAGAGAUAGAAAAACUUUUGGAGACCAGGUGAGAGAAGCCGCGCAGCGCAGCUACGACCGGUCUGAAGUCGAUAUCGUCCUCGAUGCGACGUUAGGUGAUUUUUUCGAAGGUGGGUGGAACAACUUGUCAAAAGGUAGAGGUGUGUACGUUGUUUACGGCGCGGCGGAUAUGACGCCUCGCGGAGGCGUUAAGUGGUAUAAUCUUUGGAACUGGUUGGUAUUGAUUAAAAAGUUCCUCACGAGACCAAAAAUUGACGCGAUGGAACUUCCGGGGGAGAAUAAGACCAUAGCCGGCUUUAACUUGAUAUGGAUGUUUGAUAAGAGUGACUUGCUCUUAUCUUUGUUAUCAGAGUUAGAAAAUUUGCAAUUGCCGCCUCCAAGAGUUGGGAUGGAAUUCUCUUGGGAGGAGUUACCGAAAGCGUUGGAAGCGUUUCAAAGCGGCAAAACGAGCGGUAAAAUUGUAAUUAAACUGUAA